CAGUCUUAUCGCCAAACGCGUAGAUAAAUGUCUUCAACUCUUCAUCUAUUUUAUUCAAUGUAUUCUCAGUUGAUUUUUAUAGGAGUUUUGAAGAGUAUAGUACAAACGUCGAUAACGAGUAACGUAGAUUGCCAUAUUUUAAAAUCUAGCAUUUGAAGCUUCAUUUUAAAAGUAUCAGUGAAAAUUGCAUUUUUUUGACGUCAUAUUUUAAUUAACUCGCGAUUAAUACGAAUUUCAACCGGUUCAAUGUCCAUGUAGUGGUGUCGUGCAACUUCAAACUUCUAGAAGUGUACAAAUUUACCUGACAAAGAAAAACUUUGGUAAUAGAUAUACCUACUUAUCAGUUACCAAUGGGUGACCUAGCGAUUGGAAUCGACUUGGGUACUACGUACUCUUGUGUUGGUGUUUUCCAGCAUGGAAAAGUAGAAAUAAUCACGAACGAUCAAGGUGAUAGAACUACGCCGAGUUGCGUUGCCUUUACAGAUACUGAGAUCUUAAUUGGAAAGGCAGCUAAAACUCAGUGCAUUAGGAAUCUGAGUAAUACCGUUUUCGAUGUUAAAAGACUUAUGGGACGUAAAUUCGACGAUGAUACGGUUCAGAGCGAUAUGAAGCAGUGGCCUUUCCAGAUCAUUAAUGAUAACAACAAACCGAAAAUCAAAGUUGAAUUCCAAGGCACUUCUAAAACGUAUUUCCCCGAAUACAUAUCUUCGAUGGUGUUACAAAAAAUGAAAGAGGCAGCCGAAGCAUAUCUAGACAAAACGGUUGAAAACGCUGUGAUCGCUGUGCCAGCCCAUUUCAAUGGUUCUCAAAGAGCAGCUACCAUAGAUGCCGCUACAAUUGCUGGGCUCAACGUAUUACGUAUUAUUAAUGAACCCACCGCUGCCGCCAUCGCUUACGGUCUACAUAAGCAAGAUUCCGGCGAACGCAAUGUUUUAAUUUUUGAUCUCGGUGGUGGAACUUUGGACGUCUCCAUUUUAUCACUCCAUAGUGGUACUUUUAAAGUGAUUUCAACCGCCGGAGAUACUCACUUGGGUGGCGAAGAUUUUGAUAAGAAUAUGGUCGAUUAUUUCAUCGAAGAAUUCAAAUGCAAACACAAUGAAGACCUCAGCAAAAACAAGAGAGCUUUACGCCGUUUACGAACUGCCUGCGAGGAAGCAAAGAGAACAUUAUCGUCGGCUAAUGUAGCCAAUAUUUUAAUCGAAGCUAUUUUCAAUGGCAUUGAUUUCUACACGUCGAUCACUCGUGCUCGUUUUGAAGAAUUGAACGCUGAUUACUUUCGGAAGGCGAUGGAAUUGGUAGAAAAAGCGAUUAAGGAUGCUGAAAUGGACAAAACUCAAGUUCAUCACGUCGUUUUAGUUGGUGGCUCGUCUCGCAUCCCAAAAAUUCAGAAGAUGUUGCAAGACUUAUUCGAUGGGAAAAAAGUGAAUAAAUCCAUCAAUCCGGACGAAGCAGUAGCCUAUGGAGCUGCUGUACAAGCUGCCGCACUAAGUGGUGACAAAUCGAAGAAAGUGCUAAGUGUAGUACUGACGGAUGUUUCACCUUUAUUGUCGUUGUACUUGAAAAAUGACGCUGAAGACAACGCCGCCCCAGCAAUGGAUCCAUCAGCUGUCAGUGUGAAGGUUAACCAUAAUCGCUACCGCCGAAACCAGGCGUCGAGCCAACGUGUGCGCCCUUCAAAGAGGCGCAGCAAACGAAGGCAGACACUUGCAGCCAGGCAAGCCAGUUUAACCAAACGGAGGAACGCUGCCGCAGCAGUAGCAACUGAAGCGAUUUGAAGUAAUUCAGGAUUGUCAGCGUAUUAUAAAAAUACUCGUAAGCAAAAUAAGUAUGAAAUGAGUUUUUUUUU